AUGUCCACUAUUGAAGAUAUCAUCAAGCUGAUUCCAGCAUUCAAAGAGUCACGGUUGAAUUCAUUGUAUUCCAACUUUCAAAAAAACAAGCAAUUGAACCCUGAGGGUUAUGAAGCAAACAUUCAGGCUUGGAAAUCCUUAUUCACGAAGAUCAUAACUUCAAACAAAUUUGAGCCAGAAAGUGUUGUAUCGAUUCCCACUUACAACCCUAGCUUGAAAGAGCUGCUCAGCUUGCAUCCAUAUAAUGAGCCCAAGAACUUGAGUAAUAUCUUGCAGGAAUUUGUUAAUGACAAGUUUCUAAUUCCAGCAUCACUAUAUACAACGGCAAAAGAGAGCUACUUCGUUACCAUCAGUGGGCAAUUCCAUAUCUCACAGUACUUUUCAGUUAAUUCCUGGCAGCAAUGGCGAGCAUUGAAAUCGUAUUCUAUCGUGAAACAAGGUAGGUUGGUGGAUGAUCGAUUCAUCUAUUGGGAUGAGCUAGUAAAGCUAGGGCAAAAAAUUGCUAAAGUAAUCGAAACCAAGGUGAAGGGUGACACUUACUCGAGUAUUUUGUUUAACCAUAAUUUACUUUUUGAUGAGAUAUCAAAGCACGUUGCGAUCACCUCUGUGGAUUAUGACUUAUUAUUGAAGCACUUGUCGCGUGAUGUCAAAUUACUUCAAACGAAAGUUAUUGAUGGUGUCACUUUUAUAAAGAUAUCACAGGAGGAGAUAAGUCCGGAGGACCAAGCCGUAGUACAAGUGAAGCAAACGAUAAACAAUCUUGAGACUAGGGUCAAAGAAGUAGAAUCAAAAUUGAAUAGUAUCGACUUCAAAUCAGUGUUGAAACUUCCCAAAGAUGCUCAGAAGUCAAGUUUGAGACUGAAGAUGGCUAUGAAAGCCAACUUGGUGAAACUAUUGGAUAAGAAUGUGAACCUCGAGUUGGAAAUGACAACCCUAUUGCAGAAAAUCAAUGACUCCAAUUUCAACUCGGCUUACUUUUCUGUCUUGGAAGCAAGUGCCAAAACAUUAUCGAAGCUUAAUAGUCAGUUAAAGAUAGAUGACGUUGAUCGAGUCAAGGUUGAUAUUGAUGAGGAGAUAACGAAGGAAGAAGAAAUUGGUGAUGCACUUGCUGGCGAGGCCGAGGAUGUGGAUGUGGAUGAAGAGUUGAACAAAAUGCUCGAUGAGGAAGAGAAGGCUAAGGAAGAAGCGGCUAAGGAAGAAAAUGUUAAGGAAGAGAAAGCUAAGAAUGAUAAUGCAGAAGAAGAAGCUAAGCAGCAAAAUGCUGAUAAGGAGAAAGAACGAGAGCUUUUGAGUCGAUUGGAAAACUUGACUGUCGAUGAUGUAAUUAAGCAGUCUCCACAACAUGACAGCCCGGCAACGAUUGUUCCUUUCGAACAAUCGCACUAG